ACCACACACUCCAGAACACACAACCUGUUGCGAUACAGGACUUUUAAACCACUGGAAAAUGUGCACGCUUAUGCAUUUCUCGGGUCUAGCUUGUGGUUUGUGGCAAAACCUUUUUCUGGUAGUUUAAAGGACAUGAUGCUAUAAAGAAGACACUCGGAGGUGAUGAACAUCCACUUUUAAGUAGGUACGUAGUGAUAUCGAUGGGCAAUUCAAGAUGUUAAACAAUUCUAUUGCGUUGGGCAGCUGUGGCAGAAUGGUCUAUCAGAGAUAAAGGACAGUGCUAGAUAGUUGGGGAGGGGGUGUGAUUUCUUACUUAGAGGAAAUAAAAACAAUGUGAUUUUAACAGGAAGUUACUUCAAAAGCAUUUCCACAUGUCUCUUCAUCAUUAUAAAACACUUUCAUCCUUAUUUUAUCGUCAAGGGACAUAAAGCGUAAAGACACAGGUAGGAACAUGGCUUUUAUUUUUGCUUCAAUCCACUGCUGGGGGUCUUCUGUUGGUUGGAAUAAGCAUCUGCGCAGAAGCGUAGAUUAUUGUGAGCUUAAAAGGGAUAGUUGAAAUGAAAAUUCUGUCAUAAUUUACUGAGCCUUAAGUUUCAAACCUGUAUACAUUUUAAUGUUCCACUGAACACAAAAAAAGAUAUUUGGAAGAAUGUUUGUAGCUGAACAGUUCUGGGGCAUUAAAUUCCAUAGUAGGAAACGAAACUAAUAUUUUAGUCGAUGGUGCCCCAGAAUUUUUACAAAUUACAAAGUUUUCUAUGCAGAUUUGAAACAACGAUGACAGAAUUUUCAUUUUUGGGUGAACUGUCCCUUCAAUACAAGUAUUUGAUGUUGUUGUUCACAAUAGAAAUACUUUAGACUUGGACUGUUUGUACUGUUAAAAAUGUUUUAUACAGUUUCUUUGUUUCAAUAAUUAAAAUAAUGAAAUAAUAAAAACUGGAGAAUUUUCUUAGGCCUUUCUUAUAAAGAUUAUAUGUUUUCAAAAGCACUUUCAUUAAAAUUCCUUAAAGGGAUAGUUCACCUAAAAAUAAAAAGUCUUACUCUUUACUCUCACUUCACUUAUCACGUACAGGAAGAAAGAAAACGACAAUAUGUUACCUGUAACAAAAAAAUCCUAAAUACAUCAUGACACUGAAUCUACACAACAAUAAAAUGUUUGCUAAACAAACUAACCCAGUGUUGAUACAUCCACAGCAUGCUAAAGGGCCCAAUGGCAAGAUGCAAACACAGGCAUCUCCAACUCAACUUCACUCUUCUCAUGUUCUUCCUGACCAUCAGCUUAAUCUACAGUUGGUUGUUUGUUUCUUAUAAGCAAUAUCGCAAUGCCACCUCCGAGUACCUCAAUGUCAGCAUCAAGAUCCUCUUUUGGCACUGGCCAUACGGCAUCCACUACAACCUGACAGGAGAUGUAUGCCUAAAUGACUAUGGCAUCCCUAGAUGCGUUUUAUUAGACAAUCGUACACUCUUUGAGGAUGCCGACCUGGUGGUCUUUCAUCACGCUGAGCUGAGUAAGCAAAAAGUCCACCUGCCUGUUGAUCACCCUCGGCCCGCCUUUCAGAGGUGGGUUUGGCUCUCUUUGGAAGCGCCUCCAAACACCGCCAACUUGAAAGCGUACAAAAAUCUCUUUAACCUCACCAUGUCAUAUCACCCGCGAGCUGACAUCACUGUGCCCUAUGGGAAGUUGAUACCCAAGGAGAAACCAAUUCAAGACUUUGUCAUCCCAAUAAACAAGUGUCACGAAGCUUGUUGGGUGGUAAGCAACUACCAAAAAAGACACAGGAGGAGUGCCAUGUUCCAAGAGCUGAAGAAAACUCUUAAUGUUCAGGUGUAUGGACAUUUCGCCAGGAAGCCGCUAUCUAAGGAGGCCUUGCUCCCGACGAUUUCACGCUGUUAUUUCUAUCUGGCAUUUGAAAACAUAGAGUCUCCUCACUAUAUAACCGAGAAACUUUGGAAAAAUGCAUUUCAGUCAGGGACCGUGCCUGUGGUGCUAGGCCCGCCACGAAAAGAUUACGAGGCGGUCGCACCUCCUAAAUCCUUUAUUCACGUGGAUGACUUUAAUUCUACAAAGGACCUGGCUAUGUAUCUCAGAAGCCUGAUUAAAGAUCCGGAAAAGUAUAAUGUAUAUUUUACCUGGAGACAAAACUACACAGUCAAAUUAUAUACAGAUUGGAGAGAAAGACUUUGCAAUAUCUGUCCCCUAUACGGACGAUUUCCAGCUCAAAAGAUUUAUUAGGAUUUGAGAACGUGGUAGAAUAACAGGUAUUGCACAUUUGACCUGUGUUGUUUACCUUUAGGUAGAGCUGGGUAGUAACUGAUCAUUCAUAAUCUGGAUUACCAAAAAUCUGAUUCCAAAAAUCAAGAAUUUGUAAUUGAAUCCGUUACAUUUUUAAAUACUCGUUUAUUACAGUUUAUUACAGUUAUUGUUAGAGAUUACAUUACAUAGAUUACAUUACUAUUCAAUUUUUUAUGUUUUGUUUACAAGCAUUUAUGUUCGCUAUCUAUUGUUUAAGAACAGUGUUAUUCUAUAUGCAAUCUAAAAUUGAUUUGUGCUGCUGAAUUGUCCUUGCAUAUCAUUCUCAAUAUAUUAUCACAUAUUGACAUAUUUCCAUCGUUUAAUUAGGAUUUUGUUCAAGAUAACCUAAACUUGAUUUUGUUGUUAUGCGACUGUGUACCUGUCAUUUGCAAUCCAAUAUAUCUGUUUGCCAUUAGCUAUAAUAUAUGCAGGUAUUUAUGAAUCUAAAUUAUUCAAACAAAUUUUAAUGGUUUAGACUAUGAGAUUAUUGUAAAAUUGCCAUCCGAAUACCUUUUUUGCCGAUCAUUGCAUGAAUAUUACAUCCAUUUACAUUUUUUUGGUAUCUACACUUGAUAUUUAUAGGGCUGGGUUUUGCGACCAAAUUGGCUAUUUGAUUCGAUUCUUAUUUAUGUGGUUUCGACUCAAUUCGAUUCAUUUAGAUUUCGAUUAGGUAUCAGUACUUAGACUAAAUUGCUGGUUUUGCAGACAUCGAAUCUAUACUUAAAUAAAUGGUAAUUGAAACCCUUCUACUCAGCUAUAUUAGUGAAAUUAACAAAGCCCUGGACAACAAAACCAGUCUUAAGUAGCACAGGAACAUUUUCUGUAAUUGCCCAAAAUAUAGGGUAUGGGUAAAUCAUUAGGAGAUUAAGGAAAGAUCAUGUUCAAUGAAGAUAUUUUAUAAAUGUCCUACACUAAAUGUAUAAAAACUUUAUUUUUGUGAGUAGAUGGCCUGCUACAGUGCCUCUGAUUAAGAGGGGCAAUUUUCUCAAUAUUUUGCUUUAUUGCACCCUCAGAUUCCAGCUUUGUAAACAUUUGUUGUUCCGCCAGAUAGUAUCCUAUCCUAACAAACAAUAUAUCAAUAGAAAGCUUAUUUUUCAGCUUUCAGAUGAUGUAAAAAUCUCAAUUUUGAA